AUGCUUACCAAAAAGGAAGCCUGGCGAAGCGCCCGCGAUGGAUGUGACAAGUGUGAUGAACAAGCUUUUGUGGAUGUAAUUAGGAAAAAGAGAGCGUCUGGUAACGAUGGCAUGAGGGUGAUGAAGCAUAAACAAGACUACCUAGCAGUGAAGAGUGAGGGUAACAGAUGCACAAGAUCAUGUUUUCAGUGUCCAAUAUGUAUAUCACCUCUCUCAGUAAACGAAGCGCCAGUUGGCGAACAAUACAAUGUUCCUAUCCCAUCUCCGACAGCACCCUAUAUCCUCCAUUGCGCAUACUGCAUGUGGAGCUCGACCGAAAUUGGCAUACGAUUUGAGAAACCAAACUCCGUAUACUCACAGUUAUCCAAGAUAAAGAAUGGUGGUGAGUCAUUAAUAAGUGCAAAAGAUCGUCGUCGAGAUAUGGAGGAAAGGCGGUCAUCUUUGGCUACAGAAACGAUCCUGGAAGAGGCGGACGAAGUCACCGAGAAGCAUUUCGACCCGAACGAGAAACUCGACAUAGAAGGUCAAUAUGCGAACCUAAGGUCUUUCUACCAGAAUCAAUUGGCAGAUUCAAAUCCAAGUAGUGCGCUAGGGUUUUCGAAUGAUUAUGGAUACGGAUCACCAGGAGCAUUAACUAGAAUAAUGGGUCUCUACACAGGUGGAAGUUUUGGCGACAGAAAAACAAGAUCUAAAGCUGCGAGCAUACGAGAAGCAAUAGAUUCAACUGAAGGCCUUCAAAUCUAUGAUUCCGAAGCCGAAUCCAUAGCUGUGUCACAACUUCUCAAGGAAGGUUGGGAAGGUACAAUUACCACUGAGCAGAGAACAAGCCAAAUAUCCCCUUCAACGCGGUUCCUCGAUUCCCUACGUCCAAUUCCCUGCCUCCUCCGCACAAAACGCUCCAAACGUUGCCGCACCUGCCGUCAUAUCCUUUCCAAACCCGAAUCGAAAGUCCCAACCACACGCUUCCGCAUUCGCCUCGUAGCCCUAUCCUAUGUCCCCUCCAUUAGCCUCUCCCCUCUUCAACCCCCUCCCGCCCCUACUCCUGCCCCCACUUCGAUAAUCCUCACGCCCCUGAGACCAACCCAAUUUCUCCUAACCUUCAAAAACCCCCUCUUCGAACCCAUCAAAAUAUCACUCGCAACAAAAGGCCUCACCACUGACCGCCACGCCUCGAAAGUGAUCCUUCUCUGUCCCCAAUUCGACGUCGGAGCCAACACAGAUAUGUGGGACGAAGCCCUUCAAGAUUCCUCUUCAUCGAACCAUGACCGCAAACACUCAACCGCCACUCAUAGCAGCAUGCAAAGCCUCGACCUCACUAACGAAGCACACGGUAAGCCCUGGGACAAAGGCCGCAACUGGACAAGUGUAGUCGUCGAAGUCACACCGGGAAAACUCAAAACAAAAUUAUCCGGCUUAGAACAACAGAGGAGAUUAGAAGAAGAGGUACAGAAGGAAAGAGUAGAAGAAGAUGCAGAUGUGUGUGAGAUUGCCCUGUUUGUUAGAGUAGAGUGGGAAGCAGAUACAGCGGGUGACGGAGACGGAACAGGGAAAUUGGGGGGGAUGGGCGAUAGGGAUGCGAGGGAAAAGAGGGAAUUGGCCUAUUGGUGUGUGGUGGGUGUAGGAAGGAUCGGUAAAUAG